UUCCUCCAUUGAUUGGAGAGUUCCACUUUGAUAAGAAUCUUCAUGAAGGAAUGAGGACUCGAGUGUAUUGUAGCAUAGCACAGGGAGAUCAGCCAAUUACCAUUUCCUGGCUUAAGGAUGGACAUCCUAUACCUAAUGAUUUAGGAAUAUCUGUACGAACUAUUGACAGUUUUUCAGUGGCUCUUGCAAUUGAUAGGCUUGAACCAGUUCACAAUGGUAAUUACACUUGUGUGGCGACCAAUGAAGCAGCAACUGUUCAACAUACAGCCCAAUUAGUUGUUGAUGUACCUCCAUAUUGGAUGAUUGAACCAACUAAUACAUAUGUAGUAUUAAAUGAGCCUGUAAACAUAAACUGUUUGGCCAAGGGGUAUCCAGUUCCACGGAUUACGUGGAAAAGAGCUAAAU